AUGGGGGCCCGGCUGCUGUGCCUGUGCCUCCUCACCGCCCUGCUCGCCUACUACGUCUACAGCCCGCUGCCGCCGGAGCUGGCCCAGCCCGGCACCGUGAUGCUGCUCUCGGCUGCCGUCAGGGCCCUGGGGCACCUGUCGGAGCUGGGGGAGCUGCUGGGGCUGAUGCACUACAUGGAGGGGCUGAGGCUGAUCUCCGCGGUGGAGCUGGUGGCUCCCACGUCCGACGAGAACGUCACGGUGACGGACACGGAGCUCGGCGGGGUCCCCGUGCGCCUGUUCCUGCCCCAGAGGCCGCCUGGAGGGCUCCGGAGCACCGUGCUCUUCUUCCACGGCGGCGGCUGGUGCCUGGGAGACGCAGGCAUGCACGGCUACGAUCUCAUGUCACGCCGGAUUUCAAACGAGCUGAAUGCUGUCGUGGUGUCAGUCAACUACAGGCUGGCCCCUCCGCACCGUUUCCCUGCCCAGUUUGAGGACGUGUACUCGGUGACCAAGUUCUUCCUGCAGGACACGGUGCUGUCCCAGUACGGGGUGGACCCUGCGCGGGUCUGCGUGGCCGGGGACAGCGCCGGGGGCAACCUGGCUGCGGCCGUGGCACAGCAGCUGUCGGAGGACCCUGAAGUGAAAACCAAGCUGAAAGCUCAGGUUCUGAUCUACCCCGCGCUGCAGGCGCUGGACCUGGACCUGCCGUCGUACAGGGACAAUGCGCACAAGCCGCUGCUGCCGCGGGCGCUGAUGGUGCGCUUCUGGAGCGAGUACCUGAGCCCUGACCCCGCUCUCCAUGCCGCCAUGGCCUCCGGCCGCCACGUGCCGCCCGAGGCCGCGCCGCUGCUGCCCCUGGUCAACUGGAGCCGCUGGCUGCCCGCCGACAUGCGGGGGGCCCACGCCUACGAGGGCCCGGCCCUGGCCGGCGCGGGGCUGGCGCGGCGCUUCCCGGGGCUGCUGGACCCGCGAGCGAGCCCGCUGCUGGCCCGCGAGGCCCGGCUGCGCGGCCUGCCCCCGGCCCUCGUGCUGACCUGCGAGCACGACGUGCUGCGCGACGACGGCGCCAUGUACGCGGCCCGGCUGCGCGCCGCCGGCGUGCCCGUCACGCACCACCACGCCAAGGACGCCUUCCACGGCGCCAUGACCUUCCUGGCCUGGCCGCUGGAGCUGGCCCUGGGCCGCCGGCUCUUGGACACCUGCGUGGGCUGGCUGAAGGAGAACCUGUGA